AUGAAGAAAGACAACCAGUCCUGUUUGACCGAGAUGGUCCUGUUGGGCUUUUCAGAUUUCCAGACAAUGCAAGAACUUUUAUUUUGCCUGGUUCUAAUGUUCUACUUCAUAGCCUUGAUGGGUAAUAGCCUGGUUUUGAUUCCCACUGUUAUCAGUUCUACACUUCACACACCAAUGUACUUCUUCCUCUGGAACUUGUCCUUUGUGGAAAUUGGCUACACCUCAUCCAUCAGCCCAAAGAUGCUAGUGAAUGCAUUGUCAGACAACCAGAACAUAUCCUUUUGGGGCUGUGGGUGUCAAAUGUGUUUCUUCAUUCUCUUUGGUACCACUGAGUGUUGUCUUCUUUGUGUAAUGGCAUAUGACCGCUAUGUUGCUAUUUGCAAGCCCUUGCAAUACCCAUACACCAUGAACCUCAGCAAAUGUAGUAUGCUUGUUGCUGCAUCAUGGGCCAUUGGUGUUUUUGUGGGUCUGGGGCAAUCUAUUUCAAUCUUCACCCUCCCCUUCUGUGGGUCAGAUAGGAUCAGCCAUUUCUUUUGUGACCUUAUGCCUGUUCUGAGACUGGCAUCUACCAAUACUUACAAAAAUGAAGUGGCCAUUGCUGCACUAACAGUUCUAUUUAUUCUCGUUCCCCUUUUGCUCAUCCUUUUUUCCUACAUCCUCAUCAUUUCCACUAUUUUCACAAUGCCACUGGCCAAGAACCAGAACAAAAUGUUUUCAACUUGUUCCUCACAUCUCGCGGUGGUCUGCAUUUUCAAUGGAACUGGCGUUACCUACAUUCCUCCCAGCUCAGAAUAUUCCAUGGACAGUAGCAGGUUCCUUGCCCUGCUCUACACAGUAGUGACCUCAAGUUAA